AUGGCCCAAGAACAAUUGCGCAUCCUGGUUGUUGGAAAUGGUGGCCGUGAGCAUGCUUUCGCCUGGAAGCUGAGCCAAUCGCCUCUUGUCGACAUCGUCUACGUCGCUCCCGGAAACGGUGGCACUGGUCUGGGUGUUUCGAACAAGAUCGCCAACGCCAAUGUCAAGGGCGAUGAUUACCCCGGCCUCGUGGCAUUCGCCCAGAAGAACCAGGUGAACCUGGUGGUUCCAGGCCCUGAGGCCCCGCUGGUGGAUGGUAUCAACGGUUAUUUCCAGGCUGUUGGUAUCCGAUGCUUUGGCCCGUCCAAGGCUGCUGCCCGCAUGGAGGGAUCCAAGACCUUCUCCAAGGAUUUCAUGAAACGCCACAACAUCCCGACCGCUGAGUUCGGAAACUUCUCUGACUAUGAGGCUGCACGCCGCUACCUCGACUCUGUCACUCAUGACGUUGUCAUCAAGGCCAGCGGUCUGGCUGGUGGAAAGGGUGUUGUUCUCCCCACCACCAAGGAGGAGGCUCACCAGGCACUCCGCGAGAUGAUGCUGGACCAUCAGUUCGGCGAGGCCGGUAACGAGGUCGUCAUUGAAGAGCUUUUGGAAGGUGACGAGUUGAGCAUUCUCACUUUCAGCGAUGGCUACACUAUCCGCUCUCUGCCCCCAGCUCAGGAUCACAAGCGUAUCUUCGACGGUGAUCAGGGCCCCAACACUGGCGGCAUGGGCUGCUAUGCGCCUACGCGCAUUGCGCCGCAGGAAAUUCGCGCUCAGAUUGACCAGAACAUCAUUCAACCAUCUAUUGAUGGCAUGCGUAAAGAUGGUUUCCCCUUCGUCGGCAUCCUGUUCACCGGAUUGAUGAUCACCAAGAAUGGACCCAAGGUCCUUGAAUACAAUGUCCGUGGUGGAGAUCCCGAGACUCAGACCCUCUUGCCUCUCCUGAGCGAGGAUACUGAUCUUGCUCAAAUCAUGGUUGCCUGUACCGAGCACUGGUUGGACGGCGUUUCGAUCAAAAUUGAGCCCAAGUUCUCCACUACCGUCGUCGCUGUUGCUGGCGGCUACCCUGGCUCCUACGGCAAGGGCAAGCCCAUCACCUUGGACCCUGCCCCCGCUGGCACUGUCAUUUUCCACGCCGGUACCACUCUGUCUGGAAAUGAGCUCCAGACUUCCGGCGGCCGUGUCAUCGCUGCCACAGCUACUGCCUCGACUCUCGAGGAGGCUGUCUCCAAGAGCUACGAGGGUAUUGCCACCAUCCACUUCGAUGGCAUGUUCUUCCGCAAGGACAUUGCCCACCGUGCAUUCCGCCAGACUGCUGCUGCGACUUCGCUGACCUAUGCCUCUGCUGGUGUGUCCAUUGACGCCGGUAACGAGCUGGUGAACCGCAUCAAGAAGUCCGUCGGUCUCACCAAGCGCCCCGGUACCGACGCUGUCAUCGGUGGCUUUGGCGGUGUCUUCUCUCUGGCCGCUGCCAACCCAGAGUACCACCCGCACUCUCCUACCCUCAUCGGUGCGAUUGAUGGUGUUGGCACCAAGCUCAAGAUCGCUCACACCGUGGGUAUCCACGACACCGUCGGUAUCGACCUGGUCGCCAUGAACGUGAACGACCUGGUCGUUCAAGGUGCCGAACCUCUGUUCUUCCUGGACUGCUACUCUUGCGGCCAACUGGAUGUGGCCACAGCCGCUGAUUUCGUCACCGGUGUCGCCGCUGGCUGCAUGCAAGCCGGCUGCGCCCUCAUCGGUGGCGAAACCGCUGAGAUGCCCGGCCUCUUCGCCGGCAAUGACUACGAUGCCGUCGGUGCCGCUAUCGGCGCCAUCAACACCACUGGCGAGCACGCCCGCCGUAUCCUGCCCUACACCGAUGACAUGCGUCCCGGUGACGUUCUCCUCGCCCUCUCCUCUAACGGCUUCCACUCCAACGGCUACUCCCUCGUCCGCAAGGUCGUCGAGCGCACCGGCCUGAGCUACACCGACCCCGCUCCCUUCUCCGUCCCCGGACAAACUGAGCAGCUUUCCCUCGGCCGUGCGCUCCUCACCCCUACCCGUAUCUACGUCAAGCCCAUCCUGAAGACCCUCUCCUCCCACCCCGGCGCCAUUAAGGGUCUAGCCCACAUCACUGGCGGUGGUCUCGUCGAGAACGUGCCCCGCAUGCUCCCCGAUACCCUCACUGCUGCUAUUGACCGCGCUGGUAACGUCUCCGCUGCCGAGAUGGCCCGUGCGUUCAACUGCGGUGUUGGCAUGAUCAUUGCUGUCGACCCUGCCUCCGAAGCCGCUGUUCGCAAGACCUUCGAGGCUGAGGGUGAGGCUGUAUACCGCAUUGGUGAGCUGCGUGCUCGUGCCGAGGGUGAAGAGGGCUGCGUCCUUGCCGGUCUCGAGUCAUGGGCAUGA